AUGAAAGAGAUCAUGAAUACGGCACUUGCAAUGCUAAAUACAGCCCAGCCAAUCCCCGAUGAGCUAGUGGCCAAGCUGCUGGGAAACCAGGCUACCUUCAGCCCUGUGGUGACAGUAGAGCCGAGGCGUCGUAAAUUUCAUCGGCCAAUUGGCCUGCGCAUCCCGCUGCCUCCAUCCUGGAGAGAUUGCCCUCGAGAUUCUGGCGAGGGUGACACUACCAGCCUCCGCCUGCUCUGCAGUGUGAUUGGUGGAACCGACCCAGCACAGUGGGAGGAUAUUACUGGCACAACCAAGCUUAUAUACGCUAAUGAUUGUGCUAAUUUCACCACCAAUGUGUCUGCACGAUUUUGGCUAGCAGACUGUCCUCGGACUGCAGAGGCUGUUUCUUUUGCCAACUUGCUGUACCGUGAACUGUCAGCAGUGCCAUAUAUGGCUAAAUUUGUGGUAUUUGCAAAGAUGAAUGAGGCGCGAGAAGGUCGAUUGCGCUGUUACUGCAUGACUGAUGACAAGAUGGACAAGACCCUAGAGCAGCAUGAGAACUUCACCGAAGUGGCCCGCAGCAGAGACAUCGAGGUAAUGGAGGGCAUGCCAUUACACUUGGAGUGCUCAGGGAACUUGGUCCCCAUAAGGAAGGCUACUCAACAGCCGCGUUGCUUCAGCUUUCAAGCCUUCAGAGACAACAGACUUCCUGUCUCUGUUAAGGUAAGAGACAGUAGUAAGGACCCCUCUGGAUUCCUGUCCUUCCUACGCAAGUCUACCAAGUAUGAGGACAGUCAGCAAGUGCUCUGCAACCUCAAUAUUACCAUGCCACCAUGCAUAAAGAUUGGAGGGGGUGAAGACCGAAGGAGGACACUCACCCCUUUGGCCCUUAGAGAAAAAUAUAGUGCACUUAAUGAACCAACAGUAGCAUCAAUGACCGCCAUGGAAAGGAUGGAGUUAAAGAUGGCUUUAAUAGCCGAACAAUUGGGGUUGAGCUGGGCUGAGCUGGCCCGAGAACUCCAGUUCAAUGUUGAUGAAAUUAAUAGAAUUCGGGUAGAGAACCCUAAUUCACUCCUGGAACAGAGUUCAACACUGCUCAAUUUAUGGAUUAGCCGUGAAGGCAAGAGAGCCAAAAUGGAGAGCCUUUUCAUGGCACUGAAGAGCAUUGACCGAAUGGACAUUGUGAACAUGUUGGAAGGUCAACAGGGUAAUCAGGAACAAGAAAGACGUCAACAAAAUGACAGAGACCAUCUUUCUCUUGGCAUAUCAAAUGGUCAAUGAUGGCACCAGAACAUCCAGCGUACCAUAGCUCUCUGUGCAUGGAGACCAGCAGACAAGCAGCCUAAGACCACCGUCCUAGAUCCCAAUCCAAUCGAGCACCCACGGGAUUCGGACAAACAAGUCCAAUCAAGGCCCCACUCUGCAACCCAUAACACCCAAAGGAUCCACUGUUAACAGUCUGAUGCCAGAUUCCACAGCACACAACCAGAGGUCCUGUGGAGUCAUGCCUCAAGGGGCUAGAUCUGCCCAGGUUGCACAAAGAAAACCUAUGUAAUACAUAAUGUUUUGCGUUCUAAUGGUAUGGCUGAUUGGUGUAUAAUGAAUAGUGGAGUGAAAAAAUUAGAUAUUACAUGUUACAAAUUUUAGAACAUCAUGUUACCUAGUAACACCUAUGAAUAGUCUUUGAGUGCAUGCCCUUAUACGUCCAAACUUCACUACUUUCGACUGAGUCAUAGUCAAAGCUCCUUACCUUAUUAAACCUCUUAACCAAGUCAAUUUGUACCUAAAAUGGAAAAGCAAGCCUUUUGAUUCCCGAAAUCUCGAUUUAUAGGAGUCUCGUAGUGCAAAAGCAAGAGAAGAGUUUGUGCAAAAAACACACACACACACUGAAUGAUAAGAUACCUUUGUGAAAUUAAAAACAUGCAAGGCAUACCGCAAGUCCAAACAAUGUGUCGUCCCUCUUCCCUUUGACCCCUCUCUUUGUGAUCACUGGACAUAUCAUCUGCAGCCUAGCCUCUUCCUCCUUCACCUUCUCCUCCUCCUCCACAACUCUCUGACCUUUGACCUCAUAGGGACAUCAUGUUGACCUCUGGCCCUCACCUUUUUAUCCUUAGGCCUGCAUUUUGCCUUUUCCUUUUUCAUAAAACCACACCAACAAUCUUACUGUUUUUUUUUCUGAGAUCAAAAUUCCCUUCUCAUUAGCUGUACACUCAGUGUCCCCUGCAGGAGGGAGGUGUUUCUGACCCUGUCACCUUCUCUGUCUGUCCCCUGUUCCCUCUCUCUGUUGUCUUCUGCUGUCUUCUCUCUUUGUAUUUCUCUGUUACUUUUCACCUACACACCCCUGCUCUCCUCUCUUCUUUCCCUGAUGCAUGUAUGCAUGCACUUGAGGCUCACUGCUGUUUUGACUUCAUCACUGCUUGUGCAUGUAGAGGUUUUGUUCCAAUCUAUGGAGUUUUUGUAUUAUUUUUGAAGGGCUUUCCUUGGGGACUUAAUGACAUAUUUAGUAUCCUUAUACCCCAGCAGGAUUGACUGACAUGCUUACAGAUUAUGUAAACACUGAAGUGUAUUAAGGCCUUUAGAUGGGUGACAAAUAAAAGGGUAACCCUAAUAACUGGGUGCCUAAACAUUAAGACUGCAGACGCUUCAUCACAAGUGUAUGUUCUGAUAAA